GUGGACAUUUGAGUCAUGGUGCUCAUGACAACAACACAGCAAUACUUUAGCAUGACCAUAUUGGGAAAUGCAUUACAAUUGGGAAUCUUAAAGGACUACUUUUCAUUUACUCAUUGAAUGACAAUCCUAAAAAACCCUAAACCUAGUUUUUCAUUUUACUGGUUUCUAUGAAGGUACUUUAGAUAAAAAGAUAUAUAUUUUCUCAAAUCUGCAUUCUAGCCACCCACUUAACACCCAUUACAGCAGAAGCAGAUCUACUUUCCUUCCAACUUCUGCUUUUUCAAAACUUAAGUUGUUCAGGCACUGGUCAUAAUGUGUCAGUGGGUGCGGAGUUUCAAAAUGAACGUUUUUGGUUUUUUUUGGUUUUUUUCUAUCAAUUUCUGUUCUUGUCCGACAAAUGGAACAUCCUCAAGGUUAAUUUAACAAUGAAGAAAAGUUGGAUUUUUAUGGUACUCAUAACAAGUGUACUGAGUGAAGACUGGAAAGUGACAUUUGAGAAUCAAUGUGCUUUGGAAGGAAUGACUGUACAUGUAAAGUGCCAGUAUCGCUACCCUCGCCAUCACAAUGUCACUUCAACUCACUGGUUGAAGAAGAUUUUUGGGGUCAGAUUCAUACACAUUUCCUACCUACGCAACUUUGAAUAUGUGGGCAACAGGGUGGGGGACUGCAGUCUGAGGAUCAAUAGCAUACAACAUGCAGAUGAUGGAUAUUAUCGCUUUGGUUUUAUUACUACACAUGGCACUUGGUUAAGCAAAAAUGAACUUCGUUUGUCAGUAAAAGACCUGACUGCUUCAGUGGAACCAACCACAGUGACAGAGGGGCAAAAUGUUAGCCUGACCUGCAGGAGCGGUUGCAACACAAAUAAUAUUGUCUGGUACCGAGAUGGAAAAGUGGUAGACCUAAAGCAUCCCAUCUUCCAGGCUAGUAGAAAGGAUUCUGGGAGGUACCACUGUGCCAUCUUUGGACAAGAGAAGAUCAAAUCGGCCUCUGUGACUCUGAAUGUUCAAUAUGCUCCGAGCAACAUUGUGGUGUCACUUACACCAACCGAAGACAUCAUCAAUGGGAGCGCCGUGACACUCAGCUGCAGCAGUGAUGCCAACCCACCUGUUCCACAAAAUGGCUACAGCCUGUAUAAGGACAAUCAAUUGAUAAACUCUGGGCCAAGUCACACCAUCUCUGUCCUUCAGCCCAGGCACAGUGGACGGUAUCACUGUAGAGCUUCUAACAACAUUACGUUGUCAGGCAUCACAUUUGUUAAAUCGACUGAAUUCAACCUCGAUGUGCAAUAUCUGCCAAGUGUUGAAGAAGGUGGUAGCGUCACCGUGAUGUGCAACAGCGCAGCCAACCCCUUCAACCACAGUUAUAUGUGGUAUAAGUGGAUCAGCUCCAGCUCUGUGCUCCAUGUGGGCUCGGGACAGAUGCUGUCUCUUCCUUUCACAGAAACACCCCUCAAUGGAGUCUAUCUCUGUGAGGCCCAGAGCCAGUAUGAAGUUGUUAAUUCGACGACAGUCCUACUUUUAAUGGAGCAACAUAAUUUUGGUCAUCUGACAGUUGGAAUACUGGGUGGACUUGGAGGCAUUCUAUUUGUGAUGCUUGUUCUUUUGCUUUUUUAUCUCUGGAGGAAACACAAGAAGACAGGAAAAAAAGAGAUAAAGGCGCAGUUUUCUUCUCAAGAAGUCAGCUCCGCCCCCACUGAAGAUCAGCCCCACACCAUUUAUGCCAAUGUCAACAUGGACGUGCCAUCUCCUCGAAGUCUGGCACGAAAAUACUCGAAGAAACAACAGGCAAAUGUGAUGCACUCAUAUGGACACGUGAAAACCCGUAGCCAAUUGUCAGAUCCACAGUCACAUGAUAACCAAUUGUCCAUUUCCAAUGAUGAUGAGGUUACCUACACAGCAGUUACCAGUGAAGUAAAAAAGACUCGUUUUGACAAAAAAGGACUAGAAGAAUACAGGUUCAAAGUGGGAGAAACUGCUGACUCAGUAACCUAUAGUACCUUGGCCAAUUUUAGCUGAGAAUGCAAGGGGUUUUUAUUUGUAUUCAUUCAUGCAAUUUAAUUGAUACUACAGUGCAUUUAUCUCAUGGUUCUCCUUAAAUACUACAUGUUUAUUAUUUAGUGCUGUCAAGCAAUAAAAUUUGAUUAAUCGCUUUUUUUCAAUUAACUUGUAGUGAACUGGCAUUUUUUGGGUGAUUUUUUUUUUUUUCUCCCUGUCCCAUUAUUUUAUCAAAUUUGAUACUAGUGCUGUCAAACG